UGUCCAUGAAAAAACGUAAACAAAUGAAAAUUAUUUGCCGAAAUACGAUUUUUUGUUAAUUUUACAAGAAUUUCCAGAGUAAAAGCCAUUUAAUUGGGAGAAGCAUUCCUUGGAGUAGUGAAAAAUGAACGAAAUCAACCACAAAACGGUGUUCGUACUGGAUCACUCGCCGUAUUUUGGGAUUUCGGCAGAAAGUAUGCUGGAAUUAGUUGGCUUAGGACCUCCAACAGCACCUCCCAUAUCAAAAAGUCUCUGGACGUGUUCCGUUGAGGCUUCUGUCGAGUAUUGCCGUAUUGUUUGGGACUUAUUUCCAUCAGGGAAACUUAUUCGCUUCGUGGUGAGUGACAGUGCAGCUCACAUCGUCAACACAUGGACCAGUGGCACCCAAAACUUAAGUCAUAUUGUCAAUGCGAUGGCCAUGGUAGGUGUCCCGCCUCGUGCUACCUCCCAAACUGCCGAAUAUUCCGUAAUUCAUGGUUUGCGUGCUGCCGUUGAAGCUCUCGCCGAACCCACGGACUUCCAAAAGGAACAAAUGGUCCUGUCUAAAACGGAAAAUUGCAAAUUAGUGAAUCGAGGACGGGUAAUUUGCAUCACCUCAGCUCGCGAUGAUGCCAGUAUGAAGAGUUUGGAAGACAUUUUUCACACAGUGCUGAUACAACAGAACACAAUUGCGGCACAACAUCCGGAAUUUCUUAAAGUGGAUCAUUGUCACUUUGUGAUAAUUAAUUUGUAUCCCUGCAACAUGGAAUCGCAUGUCACAAAUCGACCCGUAGUGGAUGUCUCUCCCGUUCUUACGAGCGAAAUUCAUUCAAUUCGAGCGGUGAAGAUUUCUAAUAAGCUCACGCAUCUCAUUUUGCUGCAUUAUGACUUGGCAAGUACAACCGUCACGGGAAUUCCAAUGAAAGAGGAGCAAAAUGCGAGUUCUAGUGCGAAUUAUGACGUUGAAAUUUUCCAUGGGAGACGAGCACAUUCGGUUUUUCUCGGUACGGAACUUGUUUUGCCCCGAAGUCUCAAGGAAGGAGCAGAAUAUGAAACUGUGACGCUAAAAUGGUGCACUCCACGUUCCUGUGGCUCAUCGGAAAUGCAACCUUGUCUCGCUUUGCAUCGAAUUACACCAGUUGAUGUGACAUCUCGUCCCAGUUCGUGCUUAAUUAACUUUUUGCUCAACGGCAGAUCCGUUUUAUUGGAGAUGCCGAGAAAGUCUGGGGGUAAAAUCACGAGUCAUUUGUUGUCAGCGCAUGGCGGCGAGAUUUUUAUCCACUCUCUGAAUGUUUCUCGCAGCAGUUUAGAAGACCUUCCUUCGAUUUCUGAAGGAAUGGGAGGUCGUGUAACGGAUUAUCGCAUCACCGACUUCGGUCAACUGAUAAAAAUGAGUAAACUGGUUCCGCUGAAGCCUCUUCCAGAGCCAAACGUUCGUUAUUUGGACGAAAAUCUACUAAAAACCCGCACGAGACUUAGCAAAAAAACGCGUUAUUGGCCCCUAACGCUCGGAAAUACGGUUUUAUACAACGUUCGAACCUUUGUCGAGCCAAUUUUAACUUUUACUCAAAAGGAAGAACUCAAUGACGAGGAGGUUUUGCAAUGCAAACAAGCAAUUUACAAUAUCGUAGCACUCGAAACACGUCAUGACCCCUUGCCACUACCGAAUAUGGGCAAUCGCUUAAAGGGUGUCAAAAAAGACGAGCAAUAUCGGUUGCUGUGGUCCGAAUUAGAAACCGUUAUCAGCACUUCUGGCAAGUCCUUGGGUCACAAAGCGGUUCUUAGUUGUUUGCGCGAAUGCAGGACUCGAUCGUCUCACGAUCCAAUUAUCGAUAAAACAAGUGAAAUGGAUACCUUGGAUGCGGCUUCGUUACGAGCGAGUGUUAUCCGGGCCACAACGGACUCGCCACUUUCACCUCCGGUAGUGGGAGAUGUGGCAGCUUCACGUAAAAGAGCUUUUUCAACGGGCGGCGGCACGAGGUCGUUAUUGGAUAUUUUUAUUGCUGCGGAUAGAGCUCAAAGUCAAAAACGUGUCGAUUUUAGUGGGAGACUUUGUACACCGCCUGGCCAAAUUGCAAAAUUGUAUCCGCAAUUGGGACUCAAAGACAACAAUUCGAAAGAGACAGAGUUGAAAUUAGGCAGUUAGGACGAAGUUUUUAUGUUCAAAUAAUUUUAAGGUGCAUUUAAGGCGAAUAAAUUUAAUAUUUUCGUUUUUUGUCCCAUCAGGAUUUUGAUGAAAAAAAUUUUAAAACUUUUUUUUCCUAAUUUUUAAUGUUUCUGGACGUUAAAUUAAGAAUUUUUUCAUUGAAAUUAUUUUAAUUUAUAUUAUUUUCAAAUUAAAAAAAUCGAAUUUAAAUUUUAAAAAUUAAAUUUUUUUGAAAAAAAUAAUUUUUUAUCACGAGUCUAAAUUGUUUUUCAUAUAAAUUUUUAUAUUUUAACAAAAAAAUUAAUUUCAAAUCCAUUUCUUUUGAAUUUUUACGAAAAAAGUGACAAAAAAAAGAAAAUUUUAAAUUAAUUCGCCUGAU